AUGAUUCUUGGAGAAAAGGUAAUAAGUGGAAAAGUAGUUUUGAAUUUGGCUGCUCCUGUGUGUAUCAAUGGAGCAUUUCGUUGGCUAGGUGAAUACAAGCUCCCAAGGUAUAUGAAUUCACUGAAUUUGGUGACUCUGAUGUACGAGAAAGUACCUAUGCCCAGAUGUGAUACAGUUGGUCUUCGACAUUUUUCAUUGGGAGUCUUUAGGGGAUGCCUUUGUUUGCUUUAUAAAUGUAAUAUAAAGUUGGAUGUAAGGACGGUGAAUGACUGUGGCAUCAAGGAAUCUUGGAAUAAAUACGCUUGCAUUAUGGAUGUCGAGAAUUAUUCGUUCAACGAACCAUUGCCAUUAGAUGUAGUAUUCGUAAUGAACUAUGGGUCAGCUUUGAUGUUAUACGAUUCAAGUGCUGAAACAUCCAAUUUCCAUGAGAAUUCUUUUAUUGAUGGGCCUUAUCUUGAAGCAGUUACCUACAUUGAAAGUCUUGUUUUGUCCAGCUUUAACCAUGAGGAUACCCAUUGUCUGGACAAUAGAGAAUAA